UUGAAUAAAGGUGCACUUUGUUGGGGAAUCUCAAUCCUUUACUGUUGAGAUGAAAAUCAUUUUUUUCAGUGGAUCCUGUAGAGUGAAAUCAUGGUUUUGGAUGAAACGUGAUGAUGUGGAUUGUGAUCAGACAGGAGAGUGGGUCAGCCUCAAGCAGCCAGACAGUCACUUCUGCUGUAGGACACUGUCGUCCUCCUGGUCCCUGGGCGCUUAGCUUAGCCUUCAGACAAAUGCUCUCUGCUAGCAUGCUGGUCCUCCUGUGUCUCUGCCUGGUCAUUGAGCUUCCGGCUGCCAACUGCCAGAACCUGGGGCAGGGAAGCCAGAACCUGGGGCAGGGAAGCCAGAACCUGGGGCAGGGAGGCCAGAGCCUGGGGCAGGGGCGAGUGGUUGGAGGAUCCCCCCCCGCCCCACUCUCCCUGAGGUACAUGGUGUCGCUCCAGAGCUCCCAAGGACAACACUUCUGUGGAGGCUCACUGGUCCACAAGUACUGGGUGCUGACCGCGGCUCACUGCAACAUUGGGCCAGAGCACAUGAUGGUGGUGGCAGCAGACCGUGCUCUGGGCAGCUACCAGGGGAUGGAGCAGUACUCCAAAGCCCACACGCUCAUCCCUCACCCGCUCUACAACAGGAGCACCAACAACGCAGACAUCAUGCUCAUCAAGCUGCGAGUGCCGAUGGUGCUGAACAGCUUGGUGUCCCUGGCCCCGCUCCCACGCCAGGGCUGGGCUGUGGCAGCAGGGAGGGUGUGUCGGGUGUCUGGGUGGGGCCACACCAGCCCAGAGGGCGGCCAUACACCCCCCACCCUCCAAACUGUUAAGCUUCCCAUCGUCUCCACGGCUACAUGUAACGGCAGCGAGUCUUUUAACGGGAGUAUCACGGCUAACAUGAUCUGUGCUGGGUCCAAAUCUGGAGGCCGCGAUGCCUGCAAGGGAGACUCCGGAGGACCGCUGGUGUGCGAGGGGCGUGUCUAUGGCGUUGUCUCCUGGGGCAAUGGCUGUGGGGAUGCCAGGUUUCCAGGAGUCUACACAGCGGUGUCCAAGUUCCGCCACUGGAUCGACAGAACCAUCUACACCCAGUACACACGCUGCAUGAAGUAUUAAUGUACUCCACACACACACAUACAGCACCUCCCAUCACUGUUUCCAAAACCACCCCAGUAGUUCAACUUUGCUCAGCUUUCCAUGGGACAAUCCCAGUAAAGAGGAGGGGGUAUGACACUCCUGAGAAGCAUGUCAGAGAUGGCAAAAGCACACACAUCCUUCACUCAAGUAGUACAGAUACUCAUGUUUAAAAAGACUGGUAACUGGACCUCACAUCAUAUUAUAAUACAUGAAUACAACAAAACACUAUGGACACAGGAAUCCUUUUUACCUGGUUACUGGUUACCUUUUAAGAUUUCAACCUUCCGAACUUUUUUUCAAAAACUAUUUUCGCAAAUAUUUUUUCAACCUUUUGAAACUCUCAGUGAAGAGAGGAGAAGACAGGAGAGAAGAAGAGAGAAGCCUAAAACAGAGCAUAUUAAACUGAUAGUCUGUGUUAAGUCAUUCUCAUCUGUCUCUCUGAAUCAGCAGAGCUCAACUACAGUGAGAAAAACCACCUACUUGUGUUGAAAAUAUUUAAAAAUGUUUCCAAAGCUAAAUCAAAUAUGUUUUAUUAGUUAGAUGUUCUUUAUCUUUUAAACAACAAAUCAAAAAUAGUUGUGAUUUUUAUCGGUUUGAUUUGAAAUAUU